ACGGUUGACGUCAGUAGGCCUUUCGAACGAGAUGAGCAGCAGCAGUACGCCUUUGCUGUGAAAAAUCCAGCGCGUGCGGCCAUGGAAGGAACGCGUGACGCUCUUGUCGAUUGGCAGUCGGCUGCGACGCGUUGCGUGGCAUGGAGGAUUUAGUUCGUGUACAUCAUUCAUCAUUCAAUUUCAUUCAUUCAUUUAUUCUUGAUUAACGAGUCCAAUAUCAAAUUAAACAAGAAAUUGUAUUUUUUGUUGAAAUUCGUUAAAUCUGAAAUUUAACAUUUGACUGACACAAAAACAGUGUUAUCAAAAUUGUAUUUGCAAAAAAAAAAAAAAAACAUAUUACAAAAGGGUGUUUGAUUUACACGACUAAAAAACAAAUUUAAUAUAAUAAGAAUAGAAUUAGAAAAAAAGAAAAAAAACAAACACGGUGUUUUUUCUCAACGAUUAUUUACGUCAACGGACCAUCAAGUGACGGAGCAAUCAAAAGAAGAUUAAAAGAAAAAUAAACAAGAAAGAAGAUAGAAAAGGAGGAACGAAAAAAGGGAACAAUAAAACAUCAUGGUGCUACCCAAGUGUUACGGAUUUGUUAAGUACGCCCUCGUGUGGGUGAAUCUCGGCUUUUGGGCUAUUGGAUUAACAACGGUGGUCCUGUCGAUAUGGAUGUUAGUCGAUCACAAUUUUCUCGUGUCCGUGACACAAGAACAGCACAAUUUCAGAGCAGGCCUUUACAUUUUGCUAGUAGCUGGACUCGUCAUGCUCGUGGUAGCCUUUCUUGGAUGUUGGGGAGCCUUUCGUGAGUCUCAAUGUAUGCUAGUUGGCUUUUUCAGUUGUCUAUUGGUUGUAAUAGUCGCACAAAUUGCUGCUGGAGUUUGGCUCUAUACAAAUAGCGAUCGUCUCGAAGAACUCGUCAAAUUAUCCGUCAUCAACACCGUUAAGAACGAAUAUGGAUUCGUGGAAUUUCGUACUCAAACGGUGGACGCUUUCCAAUCGGGUCUUGGAUGUUGCGGUGCAACCGGACCAGAUGAUUGGGCUGGCAGCAAAUAUGCCAAUAAAUAUGAUCUUUCUUUAACAGUUUCAUCGAAAUCUGACAAUGCUUACAAAGUACCGAAAUCCUGUUGCAUGGACAGGGACAGUUUAAUUUGUGAAACUGCACGCAAUUUUAAAUUAGGGGAUAUUGUUAGUCCUGCUAUUUAUAAUGAGGGAUGCAUAGAUAAAUUGGUGAAUGCAUUGAAGAGUCAAAGUUGUAUUGCUAUUGGAAUUGCCAUAGGUGUUGGUAUACUUGAACUUCUUGGUUUGAUAUUCGCAUUGAUUUUAUGUUGCGCAAGUGGCUCAUCGGACAGAUAUAAAGCCUAAAUCAAACCAUGAUCUUUAUUGGGUCCUUCAUCUUCUUCUUAUAUUCGUCCAAUUUUGAAGCAUUAUAAUAUUCUUCAAACCGAUUUCGUUGGUCUACUUUUGUGCCAAGAUGGAUUUAUAUCAUUUUAUGGUUCUGUAAAAAGAAAACAAAAACCGUAUCAUUCUUCUAACAUAUAAGAAAAAAGAACACUGAUGGACAAUAGAGAAUAAUAUUAAUGAUAAUUCCAAGAAAUUGGUCAUCCAAUUU